AUGUACAAAGUAUAUCAAAUGUGUCCAAAUUGGGGUCACAAGAACCAGUUCACGAUACACAACAUAACUUCAUCCGGUUCCGGAAAAGCUAUCGCCAGAGCAGGUCCACUAGGAGCAUUUGCUCUCGUUCCUUUGAGUGGAGGUAUCAUACGCCAUGCCGAAUAUUUUGUCGAUCCCGCUCUCUCAUUUGCGAACGGUUGGAACCAAGUCUACAGCAAUAUCAUCACGAUACCUGCCGAACUCGUUGCUGCUGCCAUUAUAAUCCAGUUCUGGGUUCAAAUCAACAAUGCCGUGUGGAUUGCACUGAUCAUCACUUGCGGUGCAGGACCAAAUGGUGAAACUUAUGGUUUUCGAUAUUGGCACGACCCAGGACCAUUUGUUGAUUACCUUGGAUUUACUGGGGCCUUGGGACAUUUCAUGGGAUUCUGGACCACAUUUUACAAUGCAGUAUAUGCUUAUUCUGGGGUGGAGAAUUUUUCUCUCGCAGCUGCCGAAACACAAUCACCCCGUCGAAAUAUUCCCAUCGCCGCGAAAAGAAUUUUCUUUCGAGUAAUGCUGUUCUAUGGCCAAAGUAUUGAGUUUUCCAUAGUCCUCUCAAUUUUCAUGGUCGGCAUGAUUGUACCAUCAAAUGACAAAGAACUCUUGAGGUCUACCGGAACAGCUGCACAGUCACCGUUCGUUAUUGCUGCAAACAAUGCAGGAAUUAAAGUCGUCCCUUCAAUUAUCAAUGCCGUGGUUUUGACAAGUGCAUGGAGUGCUGGAAAUGCAGCUAUGCUUGGUGGAUCCCGAAUGUUAUAUGGACUCGGUCAACAUGGACACUCACCAAAGGCUUUUCUUCAAACUAACCGCUUUGAUGUACCAUACAUUGCGAUUGGAUUUCUCAGUCUGUUCAUAUGUCUCGGGUUCCUGACACUUUCGGAUUCUGCGAGUAUUGUGUUCAGCUGGCUCCAGGACUUUGUUGCUGUAUCUGCUCUUAUUAAUUGGAUGAUUAUUUGCGGUGUAUAUCUAAGAUUCUAUUAUGGAUGUAAAAAGCAAGGAAUUCCUCGAUCAAAUUUACCAUGGAAAGGGCCAUUUCAACCAUAUGCUGCAUGGAUAGCAUUUAUCUCGUUCAGUGUUCUUCUCUUAACUGGUGGUUACUCCGUUUUCAUCAAAGACCAUUGGGCCACGGAAACUUUUGUCUCGUCUUACAUUAAUAUUCCCCUUGUUCUUAGCUUAUACUUCGGUUACAAAUACAAGAAAGGUACUAAGUUAAUCCCAUUAUCUGAAAUUCCAAUUCAAAAGUUUAUCAAUAUCGCAAACGAUAAUCCGGAGCCUGAGCAGGAGGAGGUUGUUGGGUGGAAGCGGCUUAACAUUUUGUGGAGUUAG